AUGUCUGUAACGAGUGACCGAGUCGUCUUCUUCUUCUUCUUCUGCGUCUUCUGCGUCUUCCGUCGUCCUUUUCUUGCUGUUUCUUCGCAGCAAAAGAAGCAAAAGGAGAAGAAAAAAAAAAAUCAUCCAAAAGCGGAAAAAGUGAGACAGCAGGAAGGAUGA